AUUCGCGCACUUUUAUGAGCGAUUUCUCCUUUACUAAAACGAUUUGGACCGAGAUACUUCCGGAACAAUCUAUUAAAGGUAUAAUAUUUUAUUUAAACUCAACUUGUUUUGGGACUGGAGUUCCCCUUUAAGGAAGAUUUUGGUAUAUGUUUUAUCUGGGAGAAAAAUCUGAGUGCAUGCAUGAUAUGCCAAUGCAAAAAGGGGUUUCAAGAGGACUCAGAAAAUGCCCAAUUUCCUUAGAUUGUUUGACGGGGUUUCAAUACUAACAAAUGCAAUCCAAAUUUAUCAGCAUCUCACAUACCAUUACUUAUUUCUUUCUUUCUUUAACUAAAGUUGAAGGUGGAGAUAUAACCAGAUUGGAAAUAACUGGACCACUAAAAAACUGCAACCGAGCACAUUGCCUUAUCGGACAGCGUCUAGUAAGCUCUUUUUCUUGUCCAUGAUUGAUAUGAAUUAAAUUAUUUCAAAAUUGAUACUAAAUACUAAAAUGAAUAAAUUUACAAUUUAAGACCUCCUAUAAGGACAAGAUCGCCAAUAAGGACAUUAGAUAUGGAUCUGGAGGCAAGACGCAAUUUGUUUGCUUCGACUUCAAAGAUGAAAGUGAACACUUUAAGUUAAUGCCAGAUGGACGUGCUCCCAAACUGGAUGGUUUCAUUCAAGGACCAAGAUAUAGAAUUAAAUCUGAGACUGACGAUGACUCUCAGGUACUUUACAUUAAUGUUAAUAAAACCGCAGAUCUUUUGUCAGCUCUUUUUAUGAUUAAAUAUUAGAAACUAAUUAAAAACAAAGUCGUAUAUUACCCUUACGAAAAUCAACACUAUUUUAACCCUAUUUUAUCCCUAUUUUACUUAAUUCUAUUUUAUUCCUAUAGAAAAGCUAUUUUAUUUUUAACCCUAUCAUAUUGCUAUCACAUAUACAAAUCCUAUAUUAAACCUAUUAGAACUCUGUUUUAAUUGUAUUUUAUAGCUAUUAUAAAUAGGUUUUUUUGAAACAAAAAAUAGCCUAUUUUAAAUAGAUUUUAUUUUUCUGAAUCGGUGAAGCACAGAUUAAAAUAGGUUUAAAAUAGGAUAAAAUAUAUUUAAAAUAGAGUGCAAAAUAGAAAUAAAAUAAUAAAGUAAAGUGAAAUAUUGGUAAUAAAAUAGAUUUUAAAUAUACAUAAAAUAGGUAAAAAAUAGUACGAAAUGAAAGAAAUGUCCUUGCAAGUGGAAGCACUGCAUGGGAUGACCAGUGUAGGCAACAGUUGAAGCCUCCCCCUUUUCUCACCCUCCGCCCCUCACCCCCCUUCCAUUAUUAAUGAUUGGUCCCUUAUCUGUGUAACUAUAAAAUACGGUUCUAUUUUAUUUCAUUUUGCUAACUAGGAAAAUUCAGAAUGUUUUAAUUUAAAUAGACUAUUUUAUACAUAUCUGCAAAUUGUAAUCCGGAAUCCCGGUAAAUGUAAAAUAGGAUUAAAAUAGUGUAUUUUAUUAUAUUUUGCAAAUUAGGGAAAGUAAAUAGGUUUAAAAUAGUAUAUUUUAUCCCUAUUUGAAAAAUGUGGCAGUUUUAAAAAUGUGCAAUAGGUUUAAAACAGUCUAUUUUAUUCUGUUUUGCGUAUUCUGAAAAAUAAAUAGCUUUAAAAUACUAUAUUUUAUAUCUAUUUUAAUUUAUGUAAUAUUCUGCACGUGCAAAAUAUGUUUAAAAUAGUCUAUUUUAUUGUUAUUUUGCUAACUAUGAAAGAAAGAUAGGAUUAAAAUAGUAUAUUUUGUUCCUGUUUGAAAUUUGUGCAUUUAACUUCCAAUGUAAAAUAGGAUUUAAACAGCCUAUUUUAUUUUAUGAGUUUAAAAAUAGUGUAUUUUAUAUCUAUUUUAAUUUCUAACUGCUUUCUGGUAAAGUAAAAUAGAAUUUAAAUAGGCUAUUUUAAACCUAUUUUUUCUUUGAGGCUCUGGAAAAUAGUAUUAAAAUAUGCGAUUUUAUUUCUAUUAUCUAUAAAAAUAGGAAUAAAAUAAAAUAAAACAUUAAUAAAAUAUGGCUCUUUCUUUUAGUGAAAUAUUAUGAUAGAAUUAAAAUAGGGUUGCCUCUGAAUAAAAUAGCAUAAAAAUAGGGAUGAUAGUAAUAAAAUAGUUUUAAAAUAGCAAUAUAAUAUAGUUAUUUUCGCAAGGGUAUACUAUUCAAUGGUGGUGAAUUUAUUAAUUUUAUGUUUCAAGCAUGGAUGUGCAGUUUCGCACAAUUGCGGUAGUUAAUAUAGUAAUAUAGUAAUUUUGGAAACGAUAAUAUAUGAUAAUUAAUUUAGUAAUGUAGUAAUGUAGAAUUGCGUUCAUUGCGUAAUAUAAUUAGUCAAGCGACAUAACUCCACAGUAUAUCGAUGUAUACAAAUAAUUAGGAAUUCCGUCAGUCUAGCCUGUUACGUUCGUCUAUUAACAAGACCGGCGCUCUGGUGUAUGCGCGUCAAGUAGCUAGGUUACGAAAGGGUUUAAAAUAACUGAAUUUAUUAUAAGUAAUAGCAUGGCAUUCAGAGCGAUUAGUAUGCUAUUUCUCAACACUCGCAUUCAUGCUCAGUUUGAUAAGGUAUGGUAAUUUUGAUCAGCGUCCUAAGCCAAGCUGAAAGCUUGGCUUAGAAUUGCGGCGCACGACUCAUUUGAAUUUGUGGGUGGGUGGGUGGGUCGUUUGCCACUUGCCUCUCAAAAUGUGGAACUGAACAAGAGCGAGCGUCUGGGUGUUGUCCGCACCUUUAUAGCUACAUCAGUCACCCAUGCACAUAAUGUAUGCAAUACGUUUCAUAACAACUUUGUUUUAGCCGUAAUUUGUUUUCGCAUAUCAUUACGAGUGUUGAGAAUAGUAUACUAUUUCUCAACACUCGCAUUCAUGCUCAGUUUGAUAAGGUAUGGCAAUAUUGAUCAGCGUCACUGCCUAACCUGGUAUCUCCUGUUCGUGUGGGCAGUCUUUUACCAUCCCUACACCUAAAUAAAACAUCCUAUACAUACACUUAACCCAAUACUCAUUCCUUAAUUCCCCCAAACUCAUUUUCCGUUUGCUGUUUUAUUCCAGCAAUAUACAAAGAUACCAACAUAGAUAGUACAGAAAAUCAAGCACAAUUACGAUAUGAAGUAAACAGAGAUAUUUGAACAUGUACGGUAGCGUUUCAAUAGGGCUACUUUAGGAAAUGUUAGUGAUGUUCGUAGGAAACGCUGACACAAAUCGUUGUAAGUGAUUUACAUCUUGCCAUGGAUUGACCACAUUUCCUGCAUUGCCAGAAGCUAAAAGAGCUGAAGCACCCUCUGGAUGCAAGACCUUAGUAAAUUGCAUAUAAUGCAGAGCUGUAUGACGGCGUGCCCAACCCACGUGCUGCAUGAUUUCCGACAAAUCGGCACCAGUAAGCGCAAGAGUAAUAGCACAACCAGCUCUGAAACCAUGCAACGUCUCUCCCUCAUCAGACCCCGUGUACCCCAAGUAAAGUUUCAAGCGGGCUUCUGCGGCAGAAGACGUAAAUGGAGAAUCCUGAAUGCCUCCUUCAGGGGUCGUCAGUCGAAAGAGAUACCCGCGAGUGAGGUCGACCUUCAUUUGACGAGCAACAUCCAUGUAUUGCUCAAUACCACGAAUUGGAGAAAUCGUCGUAUGUGGAUUGCGACGUACACCAAAGACAUUCUAAUCACCAUCACGCAGUGUCUUGCCCCAAAUAUGAUUGAAAAGCAUGCCAUCAUCAUUGGGAAAGCGCAGGAUUUCUGGAACUUUUACCUGGCCAAGGUCGCCAGGCCUAUCACCACUAAAAAAACGCCAUUUUGAAAUAGGCCUGAUCGCGAGCCACUAGAAAACGCUCGAUUUGUGAUUUAGAAGACUCCAACUUCCGCUGGAGAUGCAAAGACAACUGAGUUAACUUGUUGACAAAAAUGGGGUAGCUUGCUGGGGCGUAGUCCCUGCUUGUAACUGUUCGGCAGUCACUAGACGGAGAUAAUCUUCAACGGAUCUAUCCGCAGCAGGAUUACCUAAACCUAAACGUUUAUCCCGUCAAGAAAAUAUGAUCAUAUCCGGAUUUGUCAUCCAAAGCAGUUUGGUAAGAAUCGUUACUCACAUAACGCGGAAGGUCUCGCAAGGAAUCGAACUUAAACGGCUUAUCUUUCAUCCAAAGAUUGAGAAAACGCGCGUCAUAACAAAGACGUGGCUUGCGGGGCUCAACGGUGAGAGGCAGCACUAGAUGAGGAGGUUCAGCCUCACCAACCCGCCCAAUUAAUUUGAAAGCACCUAUUACAAGGCGCUCAACGAUGGGCUGUCCAAUAAAAUCCCGAAACUGUGCACAUAUCUUAUUAUUUGGAAACCUUUUCGGUGGGAAAUCGGAAUCAUUAGACUCUUGUUGAAAAAUUCCCUUAAAAUGCUGAAAAUAGGGAAAAACGGAAACCUGAUUGUUAAUCCAAUUUAAAACUUCCUGAUGAUCGUGGGAAGAAUUUCUCUCCGCAAUCUAUGUCCAAAACUGUGCAUAACGAUGAAGUUCCCCGGCGUGAAAAGUCUGUGGAUCUCGUAUGGCUAAUGUGUUGACAUCCCCAAUAGCGAUACCAUUUUCCACAUUGCUGGACAAGAGAAUGAUUGGGCGUCAUACCCUCACCGACAGAAAUGGGGUCCCCAAGAGCAUUGACCCAGCGCAACACACAGUUCUGCCGGAUCGAUUCAUUUACUUCGCAGUCAAAUAUAAUACUGGCCGUACCUGGGUGAGGUAACAGUAUCUAAAACAGGAACAAACAAUCAACAAUGCCUAAAGCAGACCCCAACAAGUCGGCAAGGAUAUGAUCGCAACGACCCCGCGAACGCAGUGAGGGCUGAUUGAGAUACCCCUUUUCAAAGCUUUCAUAUCCUAGGACUGUAGUAAAGCAAUGGAAAAACAACUAAUAAAACCUCCCCCCCCCCAAAAAAAAAAGUGAAUCAAAAUAAUAUGUGCAACAAUAAAUAACAAAUUAUCAUAAUACAACUCUCGUCAUGUUUAAAUUAUUAUCGAGACAUAUAAGUCAUCAAUCCACACAAAUAGUGUAUUAAAGUCUGACAUUUGUGUCUAGAUGCUAACUACAGAAACCACACAACACAUGACGCACAAUAGCACAGUUCAUUUUGCCUGUGAUGAGGAGGCGUCAGAGACUGGUGGCGUUCUGCGACGGGUUUCGUCGUCACGUUUCUUGAGUAUACACUGAGCUUGAAAAUGUCCAAAUCGCUGACAAUAAAAGCAUCUCCCAACAUUUCGACGAUAUGGAAAAAGGCGAUUUGAAGUGUUGACAUUAGAUCCUUGUGGUAUUUCGCGAGAACGACUCUGAAAUCGCUUGUCCACUUUGGCGACAAUAUCAAAGAUACGUUCAUGAUCUUUAUCACCUAACAAACGCUAGAGUAAACUACGAAAUUGCUCCGUCGAGACAGACAUCUUGGCACGUAACGUUUGGUAGACCAUACGGUGAUUCGCAUGCUUCGCAUGUUUCUGUUCUUGCGAGACAUUAUUCAAAUUUUCCACCAUGUCCAAAGCCUCGAAUUUAUUAAACUCGGACAACGGACGUGAAGCGUACGUCAUAAUCUUAAUAAUCACAUUCUCCACAGUUGCCUUAGUAAACACAUCAACGCUUUGCCGCAAAGCCUUGAACUCGGCUUUCAAAGUCGAGAUAGCAUAAUACAGAAAAUGAUAUAAAUAUAAUACCGUUUGUUUGACCUGGGCGAAACGCCGCCUACAAUUUACUAACGAACGCUCGCCGUUAGCGAAUCCUCGCCCACAUUUACCAACGAAUCUAGUACUUGGCAAACCCUCGCCAACAUGUGACUGACGAAAUCUCGCCCUUGGCGAAUUCUGGCCCAUAUGUUACUGACGAAAUCUCGUCCUUGGCUAAUUCUCGCCCACAAUUUACGGACGAAAUCUAAUCCGUGACGAAUUCUCGCCCAUACUUUACUGACGAAAGCUCGUCCUUGGCGAAUUCUCGCCCACAUUUUACUGACGAAAUCUCGUCCUUGGCGAAUUCUCGCCCACAUUUUACGGACGAAAUCUCGUCCUUGGCGAAUUCUAUUCACAUUUUACUGACGAAAUCUCGUCCUUGGCAAAUUCUCACCCACAAUUUACGGACGAAAUCUCAUCCAUGGCGAAUUAUCGCCCAUACUUUACUGACGAAAUCUUGUCCUUGGCGAAUUCUCGCCCACAUUUUACUGACGAAAUCUCGUCUUUGGCGAAUUCUCGCCCACAUUUUACUGACAAAUUCUCGUCCUUGGCGAAUUCUCACCCACAUUUUACUGACGUAAACUCGUCCUUGGCGAAUUCUCGCCCACAAUUUACGGACGAAAUCUCAUCCGUGGCGAAUUCUCGCCCAUACUUUAGUGACGAAAUCUCGUCCUUGGCGAAUUCUCGCCCACAUUUUACUGACGAAAAUCUCGUGCUGGGCGAAUUCUCGCCGACAUUUGACUGACGAACUCUCGUCCUUGGCGAAUUCUCACCCACAUUUUACUGACGAAAUCUCGUCCUUGGCGAAUUCUUGCCCACAAUGUACUGACGAAAUCUCGUCCGUGGCGACUGCUCGCCCAGAUUGUACUGACGAAAUCUCGUCCUUGGCGAAUUCUCGCCCACAUUUAACUAACAAAAGCUCGUCCUUGGCGAAUUCUCGCCCACAUGUUAAGAACGAAAUCUUAUUCUUGGCGAUUCUCGCCCACAUUUAAAUGACGACAACUCGUCAUUGGCGAAUUCUCACCCACAUGUUCCUGACGAAAACCCGUCCUUGGCGAAUUCUCGCCUAUUCUUCAUAACUAUGUAAUGUAUAAUCAAGCAGAAGUAUGCCAAAUAUGUGGUGAAUACCCAUUAUAAACGACAAGGGUGUGAACAAAUUCGGGUGAGUCGUGCUGUUUUCGUUUGCCACUUGCCUCUCAAAAUGUGGAACUGAACAAGAGCGAGCGUCUGGGUGUUGUCCGCACCUUUAUAGCUACAUCAGUCAUCCAUGCACAUAAUGUAUGCAAUACGUUUCAUAACAACUUUGUUUUAGCCUUAAUUUGUUUUCGCAUAUCAUUACGAGUGUUGAGAAUAGUGAUUAAAUUGUACCCGAAAGCCGAGAGAGGUUUGGUAAAAGUCCCGAGGCGCGUAGCGCCGAGGUACGUUUACUGAACCUCUCGAGGCUUGAGGGACUUUUCAUCACUAAUCGACCGUAAUGCCAUGCUAUUACUUUGUAAUAUCAUAGUUGCCAAGGGAAUCGCGCGUGGUGUGUUGCCUGUUUUGAAUGCUGUUUGAUUGUCUUAUGAUUGUGGUACGAACACUUUUCAUAUAUACGCACGCGCAGAAACACAUCUCCGUGUUCAUUCGUUUUAGGGAUACGCAUAAACGGAAUUUUGUCCCACAAAUGUAAUGUUCAAGAUUAGGGAAUAAAAGCUGGCAAAGUGAUUGUUCGAAUGCGUACGGGACGGUGUCGUCAGAUACUGUCCAUAGUUGUGCCGAUGAUUUUCGAUGAGGUACAGCUCUCCAAUCAGAGGUAAUGAGGUACGCUUUUGUCUUCUAAAUUUCCCUCAUCAAGCAUGCAGGCGAAAAUUAGAAGACAAAGAAAUCCUUUGUUUUCAACUAAAUUUCCCUCAUCAAGCAUGCAGGCGAAAAUUAGAAGACAAAGAAAUCCUUUGUUUUCAACUAAAUUUCCCGGGUAAAUUUAGUUGAAAACAAAGGAUUUCUUUGUCUUCUAAUUUUCCCUUGCAUGCUUGAUGAGGGAGAUUUAGAAGACAAAAGCGUAUGCAUGGGUAAUGAGGUAAAUUAGUGAUUAAUCGUACCUCGCGAGACAAAGGAUUUCGAGGCAACUAUGGUAUUAAGUAUACAUAUAUACAUAUAUAUAUAUAUAUAUAUAUAUAUAUAUAUAUAUAUAUAUAUAUAUAUAUAUAUAUAUAUAUAUAUAUAUAUAUAUAUAUAUAUAUUUUAUGAUAUUUAUGAUACACAAAAAAAUGCACGUUGGUAUUGCAUGCUAAAGUUACUUUGAAGGUUUACUUUGUAUAUUCCCAUGUGCAACACACAAAAUUUAAUUUAUUAACAAUUUUUUGUUUUAAUUCUUUUAUUUAAUAAUGUCUUAUAUGUUCUGCUUGACCUGCAGGUGGUAAUUUGCACAUUGGAUACUCCGUCUUCAACUUUAAUAAGAUAUAUCUUUCUAUACAUAGGAUCACAACACAGUAGUAACCACCGAUUUUUUAUAUCUUUUUUCAGGGCGAAAUCAGUGACAAGACAAUCACAGAAAUUAAAAAGUGUCUACUCACUCCAUUAGAAAUUUUGAACAAAUCAGAGAAAGAGAAACACAUGAUAGUUGACUUGUGGUGUCAUUUUGGAAAAGUCUUUGUUUCUGGCGUUGAUGAAG